GAUGGAACAUGGUCCAUGGAGUGAUCAACAGCCCAGGAGUCACAGCUCCCUCUACGCACAAGAGUAACCGCACGACGCCACGCCAUUACGUUCGAUACCAGCAUGGUUGUGGUGGCUCACGGGGUGGACCGGGGGAGCGAACUCGCCGCCGCCAGCGAGGAGGAUGAUGGGUACUCCACCUCCACCACCGAUGACGACGACGACGACGACGACGUCGAGCCCCACGGCCCGGCGUCCUCCGGGCUCCGCUGGGUCCCUUACGCCGCGGCGGUCUCCGCCGUCCGCGCCCUGCUCGGCGCCUCCCACCACGACCUCCGCCUCCGCGCGCACCAGCUCUCGCGCUCGCUCAGCGCCGUCUUCUUCGCUGGCGCGGGGAACGAGGGGGCGGUGCUCGUCUGCGCCGACGUGCCGCCGCUCGGGCCGGCGCUGCGGGACGCGCAGCGCACGAUGGUGCGUGUCGCGGCGGAGGAAGCGGACCACGCCGCGUGCGACUGCUACUACGACGCCGUCCGCGACGUCAUGCGGCUGCUGGUCGGCGACGCCGGGCUGUUCAGGUCGGCCUUCUCGUCCCACUGGGUGUUCUUCUCCAACGUCGAGUUCCAGUCUCGCUUCCGCGGCUACAACCCGGCCCCCGCCGUGGCCGCCGCGUCCGCGCUCCGCUGGGUCCCUCACGCGGCGGCGGUGUCCGCCGUCCGCGCCCUGCUCGGCGCGUCCCACGAGGACCUCCGGCUCCGCGUUCACGGCCUGUCGCGCUCGCUGAGCGGCGCGUUCUUCGCCGUCGGUGCGGCGGCGGCACCGUUCGCGUCGGGGGCGCGGUUUCCGGAGGGGAAGCUGUUCGUCUGCGCCGACCUCCCGCCGCUGGGGCCAGCGCUGGUGGCCGCGCAGCGUGCCAUGAUGCAGGUGGCGGUGAAGGACGCCAGCCACGGCCCGUGCGACUGGUACUUCGACACCGUCGGCGAGCUCAUGCGGCUGCUGGUCGGCGACACCGGGGUCGGCCCUGCGGUGUUCGACCGUGCGUCGUUCGAGUCAGCCUUCGCUCUCGAAUGGGAGAACUGAACUACAGCAAGUUCAAAGUUCUUCAGAUUUUCCUUGGUUUAUGUCUCAAACUACCGGUCAAAUUAGCAGUUUGUUCGUAAUUCAAUACAUGUCCCAGCAAAAUUAAUCUGAAGAAUUUGUGAUUGCAGAAUUUCGCACUAGAUUCA